CGGUCGUUUGGGCAGCAUGAAUUUUUCAGAGUGUUUUAAACUCUCCGGCCAGUUGUGCAAGUUUUCUCCUGAUGGAAAGUAUUUGGCCUCAGGUGUGCAGUACCGUUUGGUGGUCCGCAGCACAAACACCCUUCAAAUUCUGCAGCUCUUCACCUGCCUGGAUCAAAUCCAGCACAUUGAAUGGUCUUCAGAUUCGCUGUUUAUAUUAUGCGCAAUGUACAAACGAGGGAUUGUGCAGGUUUGGUCCUUAGAGCAGCCCGGCUGGCACUGCAAGAUCGACGAAGGCUCAGCGGGACUGGUGGCUUCUUGCUGGAGUCCGGAUGGCCGUCACAUUCUCAACACCACUGAAUUCCACCUGCGGAUAACUGUCUGGUCCUUGUGUACCAAAUCUGUGUCUUAUAUCAAAUAUCCGAAGGCCUGUCAGCAGGCAAUAGCGUUCACGAAAGAUGGCCGCUACAUGGCUUUGGCAGAGCGGAGAGACUGUAAGGAUUACGUCAGCCUCUUUGUCUGCAACGACUGGCAGCUUCUGAGGCAUUUUGACACAGAGACACAGGACAUAGCCGGAAUUGAAUGGGCCCCUAACGGUUGUGUGUUGGCAGUGUGGGACACCUGCCUUGAGUAUAAAAUCUUGCUGUAUUCCCUCGAUGGCCGUCUGCUGUCCACGUACUGUGCCUACGAAUGGUCCCUCGGUAUUAAAUCUGUCUCUUGGAGCCCCAGCAGCCAGUUCUUGGCAAUCGGCAGUUAUGACGAAAAGGUGCGCAUUCUGAACCACGUGACUUGGAAAAAAAUCUCAGAAUUUGAGCACCCUAUAACUGUUGCUAGCCCAAAGACAGUUGUCUAUAAAGAAACAGAGAAGUCGCCAGUGGUGAAAAUGGACAAACUUCCUUUCCCUCCUUCCAAGAAAGCGGCAAGCUCUCUGUUCAGCACAAAGAGUAAAUAUGAAAUCGCUGAACUCCCCAUUUCUUUGCAUCAUGUCAAACCUGCAGUUGAUCGAGCAAAUCCUAGAAUUGGAGUCGGAAUGUUGGCUUUCAGCUCGGAUAACUGUUUCCUGGCAACCAGAAAUGAUAACAUUCCUAAUGCUGUCUGGAUCUGGGACAUGCAAAAGAUGAAACUGUUUGUGGUCUUGGAGCAGCUGUGUCCCGUUCAACUGUUUCAGUGGGAUCCCUGUCGGUCCCGACUUGCCGUAUGCACUGCAAAUAGCAGAAUAUACCUGUGGUCCCCGGCGGGAUGUGUGUCCGUACAGGUACCGGUGGAAGGUGACUUCCAGGUGGUUUCUCUGUGCUGGCACUCCAGUGGGGAUUCGAUGGCUCUCAUGAGUAAGGAAAACUUCUGCAUGUGUUACUUAGAAAGAGAGGCGGAAGAGGUGAAAUAGCAGCGCCCGGAGAAAGCU